CCUCCUACUACCGGAAGUUCCUCUCUUAUCCGCCCUGUCGUGUCGUCUCAGUCGGCUGCUGCUGGUCCUGCUGCUCGACAUUGCUCUCUCUCUCUCUCUUCCUCUGUCUCUCGCUAGCUGGGAUCUGUCUCGCAUCCCCUCCUUGCUCUGUACUUCAUCCCGGUCGCAGCAAGCACGUCACCCCGCUGCCCAUCACUGCAAGCCCAUCCAUCGCCCGUCACGACUCUUACAGUUGCACCACUACCACUGUUGCAUCAUCACAAUCAUCAGCCAUCCAGCAGCACCCACACGCACCCAUACGCAUCAUCAUCCACACGACAGCACAACUACCUCCCUCCGCGCGCGGCAUUCAACGCUUCCACCAGCUCGCCCCGACCGAGCUACUCGCCAAGUACACGUCCCAACCCACCGACCAACCCACUGGCGGACCGACCUCCGUCCCGAUCUUGAACCACUCUCACCCUGCAACUUGGACCGGGCAUCUUUCGAGACUGUUGUAUCCCCUCCCCUCCCCGCGUCACUGCCCGCCCCCCGCAACCGCAACGCAUCCAUAACAUAAACUCCCCAUCGCGACCUGGCCCAAACUUUGUUUUGCGAUAGAACGCCGCGUUCCCGGCACCCCCCGCCUUCGCUUGGAAUCUCAACGACAUUGGUUGACAAAGACGAGAUCUGUCCUGGCAUUCUGGAUAAACCACCGGCCAGUCGCCCACCCACCUGGCAGAACGGACGGCGGCCAUUACACCACCACACCACACACCACACACGUCGAGUCAAGCCAGCCAGCCAGCCAGCCAAGGGGUUGUUGCACCGCGCCGCUCCACUCGACUUGCAAUCAACCGCGGGUCGUGUUCGCGAUAGUUUGUUUCUGCUUUGCUCACUACAACAACAACAACUAAACAUCAGCAACACGCGUAUCACUCGCGAUCCUCAGCAUUCCAGACGGCGAUAGACGCCGCAGCUUCUACCAGCCCAGAACAAUCCCACCUCCCCGCCAUCCACUGCCCCCUCCUCCGCGUCACCGACCAGCCCCCGCCACCAUGGCGGCGUUCACACCACCGCGCAAGCAUUCGCUGCACUACAUCCUCUCACCACCAGAAGCCAGACCUAGGCACACCGACACGGCGGUCAAAACAGAGUACAUCGAAGAUCGCCUCCCAGACGCACCAGACGUGCCCGGCGUCAAGCGGCCCGCUGUGCCGUCGAGCCCACCAUCUCGGGCCCAGGAUCACGCCUCUGGAUCGCGUCACUACCACCCAGCACUAGACGCCCUGCCUGCAUCCAUCCUCUCGCUCAUUGCAUAUCAUGUCGUCGUGGACGGCAGAGGACGAGCCGGACGCCCAGCCCGACUCUUACCCCUCCUCCACACGUCCCGGUCGAUCAACGCCGCCCUAAACUUUGACGCCAACCCGCAAUUAUACAAUUGGCUCUUCCGCGCGACAUUCGACCUUGGCGCACUUCUCCGACGAACCCAGUGGAUGUUUGACGUCAAGACCGACGUUCCCGGGACAUCACGCAAAACCGAGCUCUUUGGCGACCCAAGAUCAUGGGCCUACGAGUACCGCGACCGAUGGGAACUUCGAAAGCGAAUGCGGAUUUGUGUCGACAACCAAACCGUUAAUGUCCCCGGCAUCAGCAGCAUCCGGCAUCUUGAGCGCGACUUCUUUGCGCUCUGGUUCCUCUGGACUGAGAAUGACCAAAAGAACCUCGUUUUCCUGACAGAGGAAUGCCGCUUCCAAGACUGGAUCAUGGUCUACUACCGCGAUGACAUGCUCAAGGACUCGCUUCACCCGGGCUUCCCAAUCGAUUCGCCUACAAAGGCCCUCGGCAUUUGGACAGCAUUGUUGUCAGGAACAGAUCUCUUUGCAGAGCGUUCGGCGACCGAGGUGGACGAGAAGAUCUACAUGCUUCGACCCUACGUCUUUGGCUGCCCAAAGUACGAAAUGCUCUACGCGCCAUGGCAGCACCGGCGACUGCCUCUAUGUGCAAAGGACUGCACCGAUCACGGGUCAAUGACGACGUAUAGCGCGCCAUACGCUCGCUUCGGCCACCAGCACACGCGGGCACCGCCAUUCUUUAUUCUCGGGUCGUACCUCCUGUUCCUGCGCUUGGUCGAGAGACACCCUGGCCGCAUCGGGAUCAAGCCGGGAUCAACAUGGUUUGUCGCCCCAGCAGACAGUCGCAAGAGCAGCCCGAGGCCAGGAAGUGCCGCGGGAAGUGUGCACAAUGGCUAUUCCAACGGAAACACGUAUGACCCCGGCCUCUUCAGCAAGACGCACCUCAUGCCGUCCAUCUACCAUGACAACGAGUGGCAGCGCAACACGACCUGCCAGGACGCUCACACGUCGGCUGGUCUCCCACCGCUCACUUUCCUGGGCAAGCUGGAAGGCUACUGGCGCGGUAACCUUCUCUUCUUCGACUUCCAGUCGUACCGCCAGAUGCUGGAUGAGGGUGUGACGCCGCUCUACACUGGAACCUUUGCGACACACGCCAUUGAAAUGGAGAUCCAUGAGACGGUCAUUCGCGUGCGCAACGAGGACGUCGGCGGCGAGGGCCCAUUGUUGUUUGCCGGGUUCAAGGACGAAGACAGCGACGAGGAGGUGGAGAAGGUCGCGGCCGGGUAUGGCCACCAGGUGUUGACUGGAGACGAGGUUACCGCUCCAGAGGCGCCAGGAUGGACAAAGGAGAUUCUCAUUUCUGGCUUUACCCGCUCGAGUUGGGGAAUCUCGCGAGUGCGUGGUCGCGUUCGCGCCUGGGACGGCCUCGUCACGCUCUCGCUUGGUGCUAGCCAACCGUAUCCCAUGGGCCGUUGGGUAUGGAGAGGCUACAUUCACACUGGUGGCUACUUCAUCGGACGCUGGCGGGACACGUACACGCCAGAGGACCAGACGGGAUAUGAAGGGCCGCUUGGCUUCAUUCGCGCCGGCGACCUCUUCUACCCCGACCACUUCCCGACGUCGAUGGCGACGAGCGCGGGUACAAGCAAGCUCGAGCUUUCCGACAAUGUCGCGCCAAACCCUGCCCCCGGAGGACGGGACCCGUUCCGUGCCCGCUCAGCGUCGCAACGUGCAGGUAGCGGCUCGAGCGACGAUCCGAUGGACGGCUCGCGGCCUGGACCGAAGCGCAAGACGACAAUGGAGAAGGUGAUGGAUGACAUCGCGUGUGCCACCAACAAUGCCGUGCCUGAAUAUUCGCAAUCGCAAAAGUCAAAGUGGAGGGGCUACUCGACGACUCUCUCAUCCUCCCUCCUCACACACAUCGCCACGAGAACAAUGUCGGCCAUCAACCUGGAAGAGUACGGCAAGGUGGUGCCGCUGAGCGCCGACGCCGAGCGGCUGGUCAAGUCGGACGACCCGGAGCACCCAGCAAACCUCAUCCCUGAGCUGUGCCGCGAGUUCUACAAGCUCGGCUGGGUCACGGGCACGGGCGGCGGCAUCAGCAUGCGCCGCGGCCCGCUCGUGUACCUCGCCCCCUCGGGCGUGCAGAAGGAGCGUAUUCUCCCCGAGCACAUGUUUGUCCUGCCGUUCGCGCAGAGCAGUGUGCCCAAGCCUGGUAGCACGCGCGACUUUGUGCGCGUGCCUAGCAAGAAGGGCCUCUCCGAGUCCCAGUGCACCCCUCUCUUCUGGAACGCCUUCACGGCGCGCGACGCCCAGUCGUGCAUCCACACGCACUCGCAGCACGCCGUCAUGCUCACGCUGCUCCUCGGCAAGGGCGCCAAGAGCUUCCGCAUCUCGCACCAGGAGAUGAUCAAGGGCGUGCGUCUCGGCGGCGUGGGCAAGACGCUCGCGUUCUUCAACACGCUCGAGGUGCCCAUCAUCGAGAACACUGCGCGCGAGGAGGACCUGACGGAGAGCAUGGCGCAGGCCAUGGCCGACUACCCCGACGCCGCGGCCAUCCUCGUGCGCCGCCACGGCGUCUACGUCUGGGGCCCGACCUGGGAGUCCGCCAAGACGCAGGCCGAGUGCCUCGACUACCUGUUCGAGAUUGCCGUCAAGAUGCUCCAGGCGGGGCUUCCCCUCGAGGGCGACAACUAGAGGAAGCGAGGGUUGAUGUGGGCGCGGGA